AUGAUAGAUUAUAAUACUUCUGAUCAUACUGACAGUCAAGUUUGGGAUUUUUUUGAGACAGAAGAUGCUAAAAAACAUAGAAAUACAGGUUAUAUUUGUAAAGGAUGUGAAGUAAAAGAUUUUUUUAUUCAAGAAUUAAGAGAAUGA